AUGGUAGAAAUAAUUUUCUUUUCAUGUUUGAUAGUAGUUUCUUUAUUGUUUGUUUUUCUAACAUCAAACAAGUCUGAAGGAAAAAAUUACCCGCCGGGACCUAAAUCGGAUCCAAUAUUCGGCUCUUUGUUCAGUUUAGACCCAGGAGAAGAUUAUAAAGCUUUUACGGAGUUAUCAAAAAAAUAUGGACCGAUUUAUAGAUUGAAAUUGGGCUCGAUGUUCCUCGUCGUUUUGUCAGAUCCAAAAUUAAUUCGGACGACUUUCAAGAGGGAAGAGUUUUCAUCGAGAGCACCAUCUUAUGUAUUUCAAACCAUCAUGAAUGGAUGCGGAAUAAUAAAUUCAGUAGGCGAAUUUGAGAAGAAGCAGAAAAAAUUUGUAUCAACAACUUUCAAAAAUUUGGGAGCGGUUAAACACGGCGUUAUAAAAGCUUCAAUUGAAAAAGCAAUCAAAGAAUUAUUAAAUAUAUUCGGAGUAAUUUAUGAAGAAGACGAAAAAACCUUGAAGUGGUUGAGUGACUUGAAUAAAAAAAUAUUUUAUUUAUGCAAGUGCGCUGGAUGUUUUUCCUUUUAUGAAGUACUUGCCAGGAUAUACAAUUUCGUUGAAAUCACUCGUUAAUAUUAAAUUAAAAACUCACGAGUAUUACCGCAAAUUGUUAAACCAGCAUGAAAGUAAUAUUAAAAAUGAGGAUGAUUACAGCAGUGAUAGUAUUCUUGCGGCUUUUUACGCUGAAAUGACAAAUAGAAAGAUAAAUGACAAUGUUGAGUCCUUUAGUGAACAGCAGUGCUGUCAUUUACUAGGAGAACUUUUUGAAAGUGGAUUAGAAUCAAUAUUACCGGCAAUACGAUGGAUUUUACUCUACCUUGCGGUGCUGCCAGAACAACAGGUAUAUAUU